UAGAAAUUAAAUCAAACACACCACCCAUAUCUAUAUAUAACCCCCCUGAUCCCUAUACAUCACUCCAUCAACAUACCAACAAUCAACAAAUCUCAAAGCAACAAUUUUUACUCAUCCAUAUAUACAAUACAACCUCUCUCUAUAGUUGCCUCGGUUUCCUACAAGCCAAACAAACACCCCAAUCAACACUAACUAAAAUGGCCAAACCAAUAAUGAAACUCCCCAUUGCACUUCUGAUUCUCCUAAUCAUCACAGUCCAAUCCACUACUGCCCUAGUUCCCUACACGGGAGGAUCGCUUUGGGACGUGAUGCUGAACAACAUUCCCUCCGAUGACCCUUUCAGAAUCCUCGAACACACGCCCUUUCCUGUUCCGACUAAAGCCUCAGAGCCCUUGGCCUUGGCACGUGCGGACUGGAAGGAGACAGCGUCCGAGCACGUGAUCGCGGUGGACGUUCCGGGGAUGAAGAAGGAGGAGGUGAAGAUCGAGGUGGAGGAGAACAGAGUGCUGAGAGUGAGCGGAGAGAUGAAGGCUGAGGAGGAACGAGAGGGCGACAAGUGGCACCGUUCCGAGAGGAUCAGUGGAAAGUUCUGGAGACGCUUCCGGUUGCCGGAGAAUGCAGAUUUGGAUGCGAUCAAGGCUAAGCUUGAGAAUGGUGUUUUGAAAAUUACAGUGCCCAAACUGGCCGAGGAGAAGAAGAAACAGCCCAAGGUUAUUGAUAUUUCUGAACACAAGGCUGAAUUGUGAGAGCAAUAUUGGAGUCUUACAAGACUAAUAAAGUUGGUGUGGCUUCUCUUCUGAAUAAUAUGACUGACUUGGCUUUACAUAUUAAUAUGUACUUGCCAAUUUCACUUUUAUAUAAAUAUAUAUGUAUGAGUAUUAAACUAGGCUUAUUAUAUAUGUUAUGUGUAAUAAUAUUUUUGUACUAGUUUUAAUAAAUAAGCGUGUGUUUUU